UGCUGCUGUUGACAGACAGACUUGUGCUCUCAUUCAUAGCUAUGCUCUUCUUAUCUCUUGUUAUUUCACCCAUUUUAAGGCCACUUAAAAUACCCUGAGAAUACCGCUUUCCACCGCAUGCAGCUAGCCAUCAAUAUACCUGUGUCCACAGUUCAAGAAACAUAGAAAUAGCCCCCAUGCAGUCCCAGCUCACAACUCUCGAUCCCUUCUUUUCAACGCGUCCUCUCUCUCAACCCAAGAACUACAAUCCAAUCCUGUUGCUCGUCUUUAAUGGCUGGCAGACCAAAUUAAUUGAGCAUUCCGGCCCACUCAUGCAAUAAGCCAACUUCAAACAAAUAGGAUCCAGCUUUCUUUAUAUAUAGUCGUAAGCUAUUUUCUUCUCCUUCAAAGCUCUUUGUUCUGAGCUUCUUUACUCCUCCAGACGGUUGAUAGCUUGAUAUUCUCAUUGAAAUGGCUACGUUAGGACGAUAUUUGUCGGUUAUUUUUGUUAAUCUUUUCAUGUGUUUUACAUCUGGUUGGGUUGUCUUGUGCAUGGAGAAGCUUGAUAGCAGCUCAACUUUGGCGGUUCUUUUGGAGGUGAAGAAAUCAUUUGUGGAAGACCCAGAUAUAGUUUUGCAUGAUUGGGCUGAAAGCAACCCAAAUUUUUGUACAUGGAGAGGGGUUUCUUGUGGCUUGGACUCGGUGGAUGGCUCAGUUCAAGUUGUGGGUCUAAACCUUACUAGUUCGUCACUCGCCGGUUCAAUAUCACCCUCCAUCGGUCGUUUGCAAAACCUGCUCCAACUUGAUCUUUCCUCUAACCGCCUCUCGGGUCCCAUUCCACCUAAUCUGUCUGACCUUACUUUCUUGGAACUUUUGCUUCUUUUCUCCAACCAGCUCACUGGCCCCAUCCCAACUCAGCUCGGCUCACUGACGAGUCUCCGAGUCAUUCGUCUCGGGGACAAUGGACUCACUGGCCCGAUUCCCUCCUCAUUUGGCAAACUUGUCGAUUUAGUCACUCUUGGCUUGGCUUCAUGUGCUCUCUCGGGUCCAAUACCCACAGAACUCGGACAACUCGGCCGAGUUGAGAAUCUGAUUCUCCAACAGAACCAACUCGAGGGUCCGAUCCCUGCCGAGCUGGGAAACUGCUCGAGCCUCACGAUCUUUACUGCUGCUCUCAACAGUCUCAAUGGGUCAAUUCCAAAUGAUUUGGGUCGUCUCAAGAAUCUUCAGCUUCUUAACCUGGCCAACAAUAGUCUCUCGGGUGAGAUACCGAGCGAACUCGGUGAACUGGGCCAACUCGACUACAUGAAUCUCAUGGGGAACAAGCUUGAGGGUCCAAUUCCAAAGUCUCUAGUUCAGUUAGGCAAUCUACGAACUCUCGACUUCUCAAUGAACAAGCUCAGUGGAGGCAUUCCGGAAGAAUUAGGAAACAUGGGUAUGCUAACAAGCUUGGUUUUGUCAAAUAACAAUCUGUCUGGCUCGAUACCAAGAAAUAUAUGUUCCAACACAACCAAUCUGGAGCUCUUGAUGCUAGCAGAGACUCAAAUUUUCGGUGAAAUCCCAUUGGAAUUGAGCCAGUGUCCAUCCCUUAAACAACUAGAUUUGUCCAGCAACGCGCUCAAUGGCACAAUCCCAGAUCAACUUUACGGUCUGCUUAGUCUAACUGAUCUCUUGCUCCACAACAACAGCUUGGUGGGUUCAAUUUCUCCAUUCGUUGGGAAUCUCAGUAACCUGGAGACACUGGCACUGUAUCAUAACAACUUGCAUGGAGCUCUGCCUAAAGAGGUUGGUAUGCUUGGGAAGCUUGAAAUCUUGUAUCUUUACGACAAUCAGUUGUCUGGGGAGAUACCUUUGGAGAUUGGGAAUUGUUCAAGCUUGCAAAUGAUUGAUUUUUACGGAAACCGUUUCCGUGGAGAGAUUCCCAUCACUAUUGGGAGGCUAAAGCAGCUGAAUUUUCUUCAUCUAAGGGAGAACGAACUUGUGGGUGAAAUUCCCGCCACCUUGGGUAACUGUCAUCAACUGACUAUUUUGGACUUGGCAGACAACAAUCUCACCGGUGGCAUUCCUGUGACGUUUGGAUUCCUUCGAGCACUUGAACAGCUCAUGCUUUACAACAACUCACUUGAAGGUAAUCUCCCUGUUACACUGAUUAAUGUAGCAAAUCUGACCAGAGUGAAUCUGUCGAAAAACAGAUUGAAUGGUAGCCUUGCUGCAUUGUGUAGUUCACGUUCUUUUCUUUCUCUUGAUGUCGCACAUAAUGAGUUCGACCAUGAGAUUCCUCCCCAACUGGGAAAUUCACCCUUCCUUCAGAGGCUCGUACUAAGGAACAACCAGUUUACUGGGAAGAUCCCACGGACGUUGGGAAAAAUCCUCGAGCUCUCAUUGUUAGACUUCUCUGGAAACUCACUAACUGCAGCAAUACCAGCUGAGCUUUCGUUGUGCAAGAAGCUUGCAUAUAUUGAUAUGAACAAUAACCUUCUUUCUGGACCGAUACCGCCAUGGCUUGGAAGUUUGCCUCUGUUGGAGAAGCUGAUCCUCUCUUCCAAUUUAUUUCUUGGGCCUCUUCCUCGAGAAGUUUUCAACUGCUCUAAACUGCUAGUUCUUUAUCUGAAUGGCAAUUCGCUCAAUGGAACUCUCCCUUCUGAAAUUGGGAACCUGGAAUCACUUACUAACUUCGACCUCGACGGGAACCAGUUUUCUGGGCCAAUACCUCCGGCAAUAGGUAUGCUAGGCAAGCUGUAUGAACUUCGGCUUUCACGCAACAGCUUUAGUGGUGAAAUUCCAAUUGAGCUUGCUCAGCUCCAGAAUCUUCAAACCAUUCUAAACCUCAGUUACAAUAAUCUCACUGGCCAUAUCCCACCUUCAAUUGCAACACUUUCAAAACUCGAAGCACUCGAUCUUUCUCACAAUCAACUUGCUGGAGAAGUCCCUUCCAAAGUCGGGGACAUGAGCAGCUUGGGAAAGCUCAAUCUCUCUUAUAACAAUCUCCAGGGAAAAUUGGACAAGCGAUUCUCACACUGGCCAGCCGAGGUAUUCCAAGGAAAUGUACAACUUUGUGGAAGCCCUCUUGGUGUCUGCAGUGGUGAUGUUAGCAACCCGCAGUCAGGCUUAAGUGAAGCAUCAGUGGUGGUCAUUUCUGCAAUAUCGACUCUGUCGGCAAUUGGCCUAUUGCUACUUGGGGUCUCCCUCUUUCUGAAACACAAACGAGAAUUCAAAAAAUCCAAUGAAGUGAAAUGUACAUAUUCAUCAAGUUCUUCCCAAGUACAGCGAAGACUACUUCUCUUCCAAAAUGGUGGAGGAAGGCGAGAUUUCAGAUGGGAUGAAAUCAUGGAAGCCACAAACAAUCUAAGCGAAGAGUUCGUCAUCGGGUCUGGAGGUUCUGGAAAGAUUUACAAAGCCGAAUUGUCCUCGGGAGAAACAGUAGCAGUAAAGAAGAUACUGAGGAAAGAUGAUCUUCUACUAAAUAAAAGUUUCACAAGAGAGUUGAAGACGCUUGGGAGGAUAAGGCACAGGCAUCUAGUGAAGUUGAUGGGUUGCUGCAGCAACGAAGGAGCAGGUUUGAAUCUGCUGAUAUACGAGUACAUGGCUAAUGGAAGUGUAUGGGAUUGGCUGCAUGGACAACCGCUGAAUAGCAAGAAGAAAACUAUCCUUGAUUGGGAGGGAAGAUUAAGGAUUGCUGUGGGAUUAGCUCAAGGGGUGGAAUAUCUUCACCAUGAUUGUGUACCAAAGAUUAUUCACAGGGACAUCAAACCAAGCAAUAUCUUGCUAGAUUCCAACAUGGAGGCACAUUUGGGCGACUUUGGGCUUGCGAAAGCACUAGUCGAGGAUUAUGAUUCUAACACAGAAUCAAAUACAUGGUUUGCUGGGUCCUUCGGCUACAUAGCACCAGAGUAUGCAUAUUCAUUGAAGGCAACAGAAAAGAGUGACGUUUAUAGCAUGGGUAUUGCGCUCAUGGAGCUUGUCAGUGGAAAGAUGCCUACAGAUGGUGCUUUUGGUGUGGAUAUGGACAUGGUGAGAUGGGUGGAGACACAGAUUGAGAUGCUAGAUUCUGCUCGUGAGGAAUUGAUCGAUCCUGCAUUGAAACCACUCCUGCCUGGUGAAGAAUGUGCAGCCUUCCAAGUGCUUGAAAUAGCCCUUCAGUGCACAAAAACUACCCCACAAGAAAGGCCAUCUUCCCGGCAAGCAUGCGAUCUCCUUCUACAUGUGUUCAACAAUAGGAUGGUCGACUUUGGAAAGAAGAAUACAGAUCCUUACAUAUAAUUUUAUUAGUGGAUUGAGGAAAUUAAACCAGCUUGUGCAUGUACAUUGCCUACAUGAAUAUCAAUUUAGCACUCUUUAAGAUUGGUGGAUCGAGAAAAUUGGAAAUAUAAAUGUAGAGGUCCAACAUUCUUUAUUGGCUUAACAUAAUUUCGUGACAAUACAUCCACUUUUAAGUAGUUGGUUGACAUGGCAGA